CGCCCCCUUGGGAAAGUACAUAUCUGGGAUCAGCAGGCGGCUGUGCGCUCGCACUCCGGAUCGGCCUCCCCACCGCGCUCUUGCCUCCCCGCUCCCGCCGCCGCAGCCCCAGGGCCGCUCGCCGCCGCCGCCGCCGCCGCCACCAUGGACGCCAUCAAGAAGAAGAUGCAGAUGCUCAAGCUCGACAAGGAGAACGCCUUGGAUCGAGCGGAGCAGGCGGAGGCCGAUAAGAAGGCGGCGGAGGACAGGAGCAAGCAGCUCGAGGAAGACAUAGCGGCCAAGGAGAAGCUGCUGCGGGCGUCGGAGGACGAGCGGGACCGGGUGCUGGAGGAGCUGCACAAGGCAGAGGACAGCCUCCUGGCCGCCGAUGAGGCCGCCGCCAAGCUGGAAGAUGAGCUGGUGUCGCUGCAAAAGAAACUCAAGGCCACCGAAGAUGAACUGGACAAAUACUCUGAGGCUCUCAAAGAUGCCCAGGAGAAGCUGGAGCUGGCGGAGAAAAAGGCCACCGAUGCUGAAGCUGAUGUAGCUUCUCUGAACAGACGCAUCCAGCUGGUUGAGGAAGAGUUGGAUCGUGCCCAGGAGCGUCUGGCAACAGCUCUGCAGAAGCUGGAGGAGGCCGAGAAGGCAGCAGAUGAGAGUGAGAGAGGCAUGAAGGUCAUUGAAAGCCGAGCCCAAAAGGAUGAGGAGAAAAUGGAAAUUCAGGAGAUCCAACUGAAAGAGGCCAAGCACAUCGCUGAGGAUGCCGACCGCAAGUAUGAAGAGGUGGCCCGUAAGCUGGUCAUCAUUGAGAGUGACCUGGAGCGUGCAGAGGAGCGGGCUGAGCUCUCAGAAGGCAAAUGUGCCGAGCUUGAAGAAGAGUUGAAAACUGUGACGAACAACUUGAAGUCACUGGAGGCUCAGGCUGAGAAGUACUCGCAGAAGGAAGACAAAUAUGAGGAAGAGAUCAAGGUCCUUUCUGACAAGCUGAAGGAGGCUGAGACUCGGGCCGAGUUUGCGGAGAGGUCAGUAACUAAAUUGGAGAAAAGCAUUGAUGACUUAGAAGAGAAAGUGGCUCAUGCCAAAGAAGAAAACCUUAGUAUGCACCAGAUGCUGGAUCAGACUUUACUGGAGUUAAACAACAUGUGAAAACCUCCUUAGCUGCGACCACAUUCUUUCAUGUUGUUUUUGUUUUUUGUUUUGUUUUGUUUUUAAACACCAUGCUUACCAUGAAACCCCUUAAAUGCAUUUUUAUUUACUUUUACCACUGUCACAGAUACAUCCACAAAGUACCAGCUAGAUCAGGGGUGGGAAAGACACACACACACACAGGCAAGCCCGUGUCAAGGCGACAAUGAUUUAAAUGUGCCAUUUCCCAAGUUGACGUUGCCACACUUCGUAGAGAGUUUAGCAACACAGUAUGCUUAGUCCAGGAAUCCUUGCUGAAGCAGAAAAUUUCCACUCAAAGUGCCAAUGAUACAUGAACAGGAAGAUUAAUGUUGGAAACACAAUCAGGUGUGGAUUGGUGCUACUUUAAACAAAAGGUCCCACUGUGGUCUUUCGUUCAAUAUUGUACAAUUUAGAAUUCUGUCCAACACUAAUUUAUUUUGUCUUGGGUUUAACGAUGAGGUGAGACUACAGAUCCUGUCUGGCAGAAUUCACUAAAGCCAAGGGUUUGUAAGCCAACAUGCUCUUCUAAGGCUUCUGUUUUCUUUUAAUUGGCACAUUUGCAGUUCGUUACAGCUCGUGGGAUAGCAUGCGAUGUGGAUUUCCACCAUGUUCAAGUGAAAGAUUUAGGCACCACGUACAAUGGUGAAGAAAAAACAUUGUCUUAAGAGUUAUAACUGUAUGGAAACCUUGUAUAAUGAUAUAGAAUAAAUGCACAUUGUAGGACAUUUUCUAAA